CUCAGCUCAUGCAGGUCGACUGCCCCAAUGAACUGGGCAAGGCUACUGGCGCACUGUGAGUGAUCCGCCACGGCUGGACAGUCGGGAUUCUCCCAACGCCUUCGACGAUGCCGCUUGGUCCACCAAGUUCGCCUUAACGUCCAACGCCUACCCGUCUCUCCAUACUGCCGUUGACUCCUAUCCUCCCUGCUGAGUCCUGGGAGAUCGAAUCUUCUUGCGAUUUACCGGUUUUGCCUCUUUCCGACCCGCUUGCCGUCCCGAUCCACACAGUCUUGACUCGUUGACAACCCGUCUCUGCUCGCCAAUAAUAUCCACUAUCACUGGAGUUCCUUCAAAACAGGGCCUGAGUCGAGUGUUCAAACCAACUUAACCUACGCUAUGAGCCGUAUUGCCCGAGUGCCUUCAUAUCCAUCUCCACUUGACGCGGUUAUGCACAUUUACAGGGGUUCCGGGCGUGGCUUCAAAAAGUCCCUAAGUUCCUCGCUUCGAGGCCUUCAGCCGUCAUGGGUAUCUUUCUUCCCGAUCCUAAUUUUUUUAAUGUAUUCUUAUUAACCAUAGCAUAUGCUGGGCUUCUCUCUGGAAAGCUCUGUGACGUGGUCGUGCAGGCAUAAGCCACUGCCAGCUACUCCACGCUGUGGCGAAGUCGGUGCAUAGAGAUCCAGCAUACUCAUGACUGCGCAAGAUAUUUGACUUUUCGGCCCUGCCAUUAAUAUCUUGGUUUUUUUUUUUUUUGUUCAUUCGAUCCUAAAUUAGAAUCCGCUCUACAUAGAUAUUUCUUUUAUCUCGCUUGUCCGGCUUGAUACCCUCCUACGUCUUCAAAGGAUUCACGGACUCUCUCCUGUAUACAAUGAUCUCUUCUCUCGCCUCUGAAUGAGCAUUUCCCGAAUCCUUCACUUCCGUGGCUGUUUUCUUAAAGCUUAUAUGGUGAGACUGAUGAUCUUUGCGCCUUGUGGCGAUUAUAUCUGAAGACGGAGGCUUAUAGAGGCCAUAUCUACAGCAGCCCCCACUCCUUCAGUCGAUUCGGACAUUCGUCUCUUAGGCGGGAUGGUUUCAAACUUGGAAAUUUUAUAUUCACUAUUAUAUUCUUGGCUCUUAUGCUGGAAUGCGGAACCCAAGCCAAAAUCUCACGAUGCGGUCGUAUAAGCCGGACGGGAGUCGAAUACCAAGGCCGAGGGAUAUUCCUCAAAAUGGAAAUACAACGGUUCUAGGGACAUCACCUUCGUUGAGUUCUUCCAACCGAGAAGUCAGGCAUCGUCUCCUGGAAUACCCCGCCUCCCUUCUACCAGUUCCGGGAUCCCUAGCCGAACCACACAGCCUUCACCUUCACUUCUGACACCGAUAAAUCCUUCGCCUCUGGUGGUCCAGACUGCACCCGCCAGCAGUCGUCCACGGAAUGUUCUGCGUAGGAAGGCUCCGACAAUAGGACAGCGCGAGAGGGGAGCAUUUCAGAAGGAGAUUUCACAGCCAGAGAAUCUGAGAGAGGUCAUUCCAACUAUUGGUAAUAGCCAAAUUCCCGGUGAUGCUCAGCAGCUUCGUUUUGACCUGCCACUGUCGGUCCAGCAAUCAUCCUCGUUGUACGUGCCAUAUCGAAAGACUACGAGCGAGGGUGUAGGGCUUCCAGCAACCCAUGGUCCCAGGGAGCUUGCGAGUCUGAGGACGACUACAAUAAGUACUCAGAACUUACCACCACUGCCACCUCCUGCACCCACACCUUUUUUUGCCUCAACAAGCAGUCCCUCGACAAGGUAUUCAGAGUCUCCUGGAAUAUGGAGCAGGACGUCGACCCCAACUUCAUUGUCGUCAUACUCUCCGGGAAUUGUUUCUUCGGCCAAGUUCGCCUCAAGCCCUUCCCGUACUAGAUUACCGGUGUCCUCUCCCUCACUGAAUUCUAGCCCUCAAUCUGCCCGUGCUGAACCGAAAAACCCUAGCCCACGAAAUGCGACCAAGUUAGCGGGCCCUAAUGCGCCAUCUACUAAAGAUGAACGAGGGAAGACUUUAAAUCAAACUGGCCAUUCGAAGGCACCUGGGCUUCCAAGAAAAACUCCGCCCCGGAAGUCAUCUAUGAAGUUUGCCGCGAGAAAGCAGGACGAUCUGGAUAUGAAGACAUGCCGGAAACAGGAGGAGGUCGCGGAAAGACAGUUAUUCGAUCCCCUUAGUAAAGAACUGACAAGAACGGAGAGUACAGCCGCCGAGCAUGUACAUUCUCCGUCACGUCCUAGCAGAGAAGGUACACAUCAAUUGGAGUUGCAACCGUCACCCGUGAUCCAAAGCAAUCUGGGGUCUUUUAAAACAACAGGGCAUAAACGUCGCGAGUCUUCAGAGAAGCUCGACAUUCCCAGUCGACAGACUCUGAGGCAUGCUCAUACAACAGCCGGGCCAGCUAACUCGGUCCAUUCGGACACAUCUCGAACUGCAACGCCGUCCUUGUUUCAGUGGAGACCCACAAUGACACUGGAGAAACCAGAGGAAACCAAAGAUACAAAAAAGACAACCGCGAGGAGAUUGCGUCUUUUCACAAGGAAGUCUAAACCGGAGGCUAACUCGGAUCAAAGGCUGCCAACCCGCAAAGGCCCGGCUGCUGGAACGGGGCAUGAAGGUUAUGGAAAGUAUGCUCACCCUGGUCGAAGGCCGAGCGCUAGUAGCAGCAGUAGCCGGUCUGUCUCCAGCAACAAGGGGAACAUCAAAAGUCGACCGGAUUUGGACCUCGAUGAAUUUCUUCUUCACCGUCUUGAACCCGUUGUCAUAAACGGCAGAGGCUCGGAUGGAGCUGAUCUCGCGCGUACGCGAAGUGAACAGAGUACGAGCAAUCUUAGUCUUUCUUCUGCUGUCAGUCUUGGAAACCCCUCCAGGGUUGUACCAUCGGCUGGACAUUCGACUGAGUCGCUAGCUUCGUCAGUUGGGAUGUCAGCUGAAUAUGGUAGAUGCGGCCUUCCCAGUACGAGCCGUCGCCCGAAGGCACGAGACAGCCUUGAAGAAAAUGCCACGAUUGCUACCAGUCCAGUUCAGACUCAUGGGAAACCGGCCUCGCUGAAUUCCCAAGGCCCCCGAACUAAAUCAGAGACUGCAAUUCCGCGCCCGUCUUUCGAUAGCUACAACUCAAGUAUUGCUUCAUUACCUAGAUCGAACUAUACUGCAGGGCCUAGACCGUCUCUGGAAAAGGAGCGGGUCUUGGGAAAACGGAAAGGUUUCAAGUGGAACUUUUUCCAACGAAGCCAGGGUGCAGCAAGCAGAGAUGCAAUUCCAACACUGCCUUCUCAAUCUACUUCUGAGCUCUGUGCAACGGUUUCACCUGUGGCAAUCCAACGGCCUGUAGCGCAUUAUGCUCUCGUGGACACUGAUUUGGAUUCUCUGGAUGAGGUUUUUCGUCAAGUUAAUGAGUCCCCAGCGACCAAAGAUGAGACUAGCGCCCCAGGUCAAGUUCCUGUGGGUUUGAAUUUCAUGGAUGAUUAUGGCAGGCCAGAAUCGCUGCCUCCGCUUCCCAAAUUGGAAGAUAAGUCUCGUGAUAAUGGGGAAUCAUUGUCCCAAGUCCUUUCCAAUGAGAUCUUGCAGUACCCUUCGAGAAUUUCAAAGCAACCAGAAGUCAACAAGCCCCAAAGUCGGCUGGCAUCAGUCGGCCGCAUACCACGAGUUGUCUCGAAGCGAGACAGAGAGCAUAAACCGCCCCUGCAGUCCUUUUCCAGACCCUUUGGUGUUCCUGAGCCAACUCCUUCAACUGCUCUAGCAGCGAGCCAGGCUUGCGAUUACAAUCCUCCAAGUCAUUCUACCAACGUUACGCGGACGGAUGCCCAACCUAGCAAGCCAAUCAUGGUAGAUCCUCAGCCGACACAGUCACUCAGUGAUCCUCCUGCACAAAGAAGUCUUAUGGAUUUUAUUUCUGGAAGUUACGCGGGUAAUGAGUUUCUGGCUUUGUCUCCGAGGAAAGACUCAAUGCUAUCGUCAUCGAGUGGCUCAGAAGGCACAAACUCUAGCUUUGCUGCCGUUACGGCUGUUAUUCCAGAACCGGGUUCGGCACCUACUGAGGAUGAGAUUUGGGGUGAGUAUGACGAUCUUAUCGAGCAGUUUGCUCUCCAUCAUUCAAGAUCCUGUGGACAGAAGAAGCCAGGCAUGGAAGAACGGUUUGUGAUGGCAAAUACCGCCAGCGAGACUCUUCAAGAUCACUUGAAUUCCGAUCCGGAUGCCUGCGCUUCUCCUAUUCUCAUGCGACCUCAGUCUGCGGAACAUAAACCGGAGUCGAUUCGAUCAAGUUGUAGCUCUGUCCGACUUAGCUACUCCAUGAUCGCGUCAGCUUUGCGUCCAUCACCGGAUCUAUCGAUUCGGAAAUCCUGUGAUGAUCCGAAAGUUGACCGCGAUGAUAAUACUGCAGAUUCUUCAGAGGCUAUACAGUUCAACGACACGUCAGCUUCCAUUACGCCUGAUCAACAACAGAGCUCAUCAUCGUUUAGCCCGUGUCAAGAUUUCGAGACAUCUCGACGCCGAAAUACUAUUCUCGUUGAUCUUGCGGAGCGUGAACGUGAAGGAACCACGGCUCAAACUAACAUCCGGUCAGGGUCACUCAUGACUAGCCGCUGGCUCUCCUUUGGGAGAGUGCUAUUCAGUCCUGCUCAUAGCCAUGUCACAUCCAGGGAACGAGAGCGGAUUCUCGUCAUUGAUGGUCUGGGAAAUGAUGACUGGUCGUUCUACUGCGCCCUAACUUAUCCCACCGCGGAAAUAUUCAGUCUCAAUGUUGACCCUUCUCCUACCGGGUUCACUCAGCCCCCUUCCUUGCAACCUCUUACGAACCAUUAUACGAUUCGCCACUCGUCCUUGGAGAGUCUGUUUCCUUUCCCAAAAGGAUACUUCGCUGCUACCAUCUUGCGCUUUCCCUCAUCUUGCUCAGAGAAGGCUCAGAGUAAUGUGAUAUCGGAGUGCAAACGCGUACUUCGAUCCGGGGGUUACCUGGAAAUGAGCCUGUUGGACUUGGAUAUGAUCAGUAUGGGAAUCCGGACGAGGAGGGCUGUCAGAAAACUCAAGGAGAAGACAUGUAUGGCUGAUGCCAGUAUCAGUCUGAAACCAGUAAGCGACAGUAUCCAACGACUCCUUGGAAAGCACGGGUUCGACAAUCUCCGGCGAUGCAUGGUUCGAGUUCCCGUCGUGGGGAGGGUCAGGUCUUCUGAAUCCUCUUCUUCGGACCGUUCUUCAGUCUCAAAUGCUACGACCUCUGCUGGUACUGCCUCUGCUUCGGCCACUACGAAACUGUCGAAUGGUCCAUCACUCCGUCCGGAGACAAGGAAAGGCGCUCGUGCUAACUUAAGCUCUCCGUUUGCCAGUUCGGAAGUAUCGCUUGGAGAUCUACUGUCCGACCCAUCACCUUCUCCAGCAAACGAUGAGUGGAUCGCAAAUAUCGUGGCCAGAGUCGGCCGGUGGUGGUACACGCGAUGCUACGAAAUCCCCAUUCUUCCUAAUGGUGACCUUGAUCAUAGCAUCUGGGUUGACAAGAAGCUACUUCGCGAAUGUCAACAGCAAGGGACGGGUUUCAGACUGUUAAUUGCAUAUGCACAGAAACCAAGCGAAGUCCCACGACGAACAGCAAGUGUGUAACAGCUGUGAUGUUACUAUUCGAAUGCUUUUUUUAUACAUCUCAGCACACCCUAUGCCCAUACGAACUCAUGAUGAUGAUGAGAGACGAUAAUGAUUCCAUGAAAGAGCGUUUCUCUUACAUACUUAUAGUGCUCUAAUUUUUAUUCUCCAAUGGUGCUGGUUUUAUUCUCACCACCAGUUAUCAAUGCUUCGAUAUAAUGUUUUGCUGUCUUGAUUUGGUCUGGUUUGCAUCUGCUGCGAUUUAUUUCUGUUGAAUUUUCAACGGCCAAGAAAGACGAUAUAGUAUAACUCACUGAGAGACUCCAGGCUCUAUAUCUAUCCUCAUAGAAGUCUCGCGGCAACGCAAUUGUGCCUUGCACAUCUGAACGAUAUGAUUCCGGGUGGUAUGUUCUUCAUGCAGUGCAUUGUGACACGAACAAGCUACGAUGAUGAUUAUCCUGCUUCCUCGUUUCAGCUCCGUUUUAUACCAUUGCUAUCUCCCUCCUUUCUUAUCUUUUUUUGGCUUCUAGCAAGUUGCAUGCUUUGGAUUGGUUGUUUCGAUUCAGCAGUACUCUUCGUUUCACAUAUUUACAUAUUAUAUCUUCUUCCACCUACAGGGCAGGUUACCUUUUAGGGAGAUUGAAGCAUCGCGAUAAUUAAUAUUCUAUUUGAAUCUUUUGCAAGAUGCUGCUGCUUUAAUGAGUGUUAUGUAGAUAGCACACAUCUAUUCCUGUUUCCCAAUUGUCAGUGCCACGAGCGGUGCUAUGUGCCGUGUGGAUAUCUCACCGUAUGGCAUCUCAUAUACGGGAUUCAUGCUGAUGAUUAUCCCAUUAAGUAGGUGCUAUCCACUGUUCGACACCCCAUUCAUCUUCCAUCUCAAAAAAGGCAAUGGAACCACCAACUUCUCUUCCUUCCCCUCCUGUUUCUCCUCCACCAAGCAGCGCUCCCUCAAGGCUGGCAAGGAACGUGCUGUGAGCAACAUGAUUAUGCGGGGCAAGGACACAUGGGAAGGGUGCAGUCUGUCAAUGCUGGAUUCUUGGGGUUGCUUCUCUGUUGGGUGGGUUUUACGUGUGAAGGCACUCGUAUUCUGAUGGCCAUGGAGGAGGGUGAUUUGGUUUUGGGGUGGAAUAUCUGGAAUAUAGUGGGAAUGUUGCUGAAAGGGUAUAUUGAGGGAUUGACUGUGCUGGGAGUACUUGCUGGAGUUGUGAAGGUUGUGUACUUUCAGUCCAUCCGUCUGCAUACCAAUAAUGUGAAGGUUGCCCGUAAUGAGUAAGUAUUACGGAAUUUGUAGAAGGCUAGUUCUUUU